AAAAUUAAUGGCUUAACUGUAAUUAAAUAACUAAUUAUGGUUUAUUUUGGUAAUUUCACCUUUCGAAGCAAGUGAUGAUCACACGCUUUCGUCAACCUUUCCCUUCCUUUCUUCCAUCAACUAGUCCCUCCUUCCCUCCCUCUGCAACAAAGUAACAAUCCUCACUCUCUCUCUCUCCCUCUCUCUCUAUCGCACGUACAAACCAACACUGUCCCUUUUUCUAACAGAUCUCCACGAACAUUUCCUUUCUCUCUCCCCCACUUUCUCUCACUUCUCAAAUUUCUCUAUUUCCUCAAAUAUCUCUUUCUUGAACCCAUUUCGUUUUCUUCACUCUUUCUUUCUCUGCCGCUCAUUCGAUCACUUGUUCUCAGCGUCUCUACUCCUUUAUAACCCAUUUUAGGCUUCUGGGUUACUUUCAUUUUCAUUAAAUCUUGAACCCUUUUGGCCUUUUCUUUAAUCUGUUAUUACUGUGUUGUUUUCUUUCUUGGUGGUGGGUUUUCGAGAGUCGAAGAAGAUUGAAGAGAAGAAUAACACGAGACGGUGUAGUGUUAAAGGGAAAUGAGGGAUGUUGUCGAGGUUGGGAAACCUAGCGUCCGCGUGUUGGAAACCACUGAGGUAUGCCCGUAUGAAGAAGGAUGAUGGAGGAGAUUCUGAGGACUCGCUCCUAUGGUACAGAGACCUCGAUCAGCACUCCUUUGGUGAAUUCUCUUUUGCUGUGGUUCAAGCAAACAGCGUGCUUGAAGAUUAUAGCCAAGUCGAGAUUGGCCGGGACGCUACUUUUGUGGGUAUCUACGAUGGCCAUGGCGGCCCUGAAGCUGCGCGUUACGUCAGGGAUAACCUUUUUAAUGACCUAAUAAGGAUUGCUCGAGAAAGAAGCACCAUUUCUGAAGAUGUUAUUAGAGGUGCCUUUAAUGCUACUGAAGAAGGGUUUAUCUCUGUUGUGCGGAGGUCGUUUUCUCUAAGACCAAUAAUUGCGGCAAUGGGAUCUUGUUGUCUGGUUGGAAUUAUCUGGAAUGGUAAAUUGUUGAUUGCCAAUGUAGGCGACUCGCGAGCUGUGCUUGGUUCUGUAGGUGAAUCGAAUAAAGUAGUUGCUGAGCAGUUGACUGUGGAUCAUAAUGCAAGCAGUGAGGAUGUUAGAAAUGAACUCCGGUCUUUGCAUUCUGAUGAUGCCAGCAUAGUGGUUAAGAGAGAGGGAGUUUGGCGAAUCAAAGGCAUUAUUCAGGUAUCUAGAUCCAUAGGUGAUGCAUACUUGAAGAGGAGAGAGUUUUCACUCAAUAUUCCGAGAUUUCGACUUACUGAACCACUCCGCCGUCCUGUACUAACAGCAGAACCAUCAUUGUACACUAGAGUUCUGCAUAACAAUGACAAGUUUUUGAUCUUCGCUUCCGAUGGGCUUUGGGAACACUUAAGCAAUCAAGAAGCUGCUGCAAUUGUGCAUAAUAACCCUCGAGCAGGUAUAGCAAAACGACUCCUGAAAGCUGCUUUAAUGGAGGCAGCUAGGAAAGUGAGGAUUACAUACGAUGAUGUUAAGCAAUGUAAAGCGGGAGAGCGGCGGCAAAUUCAUGAUGACAUAUCUGUGGUGGUGAUGUUUCUGGAUCAUGUGACGGGGCAAAAUGGCUCUGUACCUGAGUUGUCAUUCAAAGGCUUUAACAACAAUAUUGUAGCAUCAAAUUUUGAUCUUGAAGGAAUCACGUGAUGACGAAUAAUGGGAUUAUAGAUUUGAAGGUCAAGAAGACCCAGGUUUUCAGCUGGAUUUAAUUUUUCAUUUUUCACAUUUUUUGCAACAUAAUAUUGUUGUUUCUCCCAACUUGGUUAACAUUUUCUUUUUUUGAGAUUGAAUAUUCUAAAACUGAUUCCUUUUUUUUUUUUCCCACAAGUUGUGAAUCCUUUUGAGAUAAUGUCACUUAGCUAAUCUAGGUGGAAUUUUGUUGAGUUUACAUGAUGUAUGUAGUCUUCUUGUGUAUACACUCGGAAUUACAUUUGGUUCUUCUAAUAAAGCUGCUCUUGUUAA